AACAGGGACCAAACACAAGGCUUAGGCUUUGCUGCUGUACAGGAACCAGCACAAUGUUUGAUCAUACUCAGUAUCCCUAUAAUUGCUUCAAUUAUGACGGGGAUGACUAUCCAGCUUGCAGCUCCGACGAAGAAAAGAAAUUUAGUAGACCAGCCUACAGUUAUAUUGCCUUGAUUGCAAUGGCCAUCCAACAAAGUCCUGAUAGUAAAGUGACCCUGUCAGGGAUAUAUGACUUUAUCAUGAAGAAGUUUCCCUACUACAGAUCUAACCAAAGAGCAUGGCAAAACUCCAUUAGGCACAAUUUGUCUCUCAACAGUUGUUUUGUUAAGGUACCAAGGACGGAAGGCAACGAGAAGGGUAAGGGAAACUAUUGGUCAUUUGCAUCAGGCUGUGAAUCGAUGCUUGACCUCUUUGAAAAUGGCAAUUAUAAAAGGAGACGGAGAAGGAGGAACAUGAAGAAAUGCCAAAAAGCUAGGAAACAAAAUCAAACACAAGGACUUCAUCCUGGGGAAUUUUCAACCUCAAGCUCUACCGCACAUGUUAUAUAUGGUAAUGAAAAGAGAACUGAAUCAACGGCCAGACCAAUGGAAACAGACAGUUUAUAUCCUAUCUCCAACAGACAGAGCCAAACUAGCUCCAGCCUUGGAAAAUCAGAUGAAAUCAAAUUUAGCAUUGAUUAUAUUUUGUCAGCUCCAGACCCUCUGCCUGUUCUACGAUCCCAGCACAAUUUUCUUGAUAGCAAGUAUCAUAUGGUUGAAACACAGCAGCUAAACCUUCAGUUCUGGAGCCUAUGACAAAUGCAUUCCUUAUAAACAUUUAGCAUCUGUUUUGACAAGCUGACCUGAUGUGCCAAUAUCUUGUAGGCCAAUAUACCAAGCACGGAAACUUUGAACUUCCCAGACUGUCUCAGUUUAUGAAAGCAAUUAAGAUGGACAUUAAUAAUGUAAGAAGGGAUACAUUGAAACCAUCACAGAAAUGCAUUAAAAACUCGCCAUACCUGGACUAGAUGCAAAAUACCCGAUGAUGUCAGAAAUCCAUCUAUUGCAUCUCCCUAAUGGUGACUAUACAGUUGAAUUCUAAUGUGUAAGAUCAAGCAAAAAAAAUGGAAUGUGACAAACAAUGACCAAGAAAAAUACAAGAAAUAUCUUAGAAUGUUUUGGAAUAGCACAAUGUGCUGCUAUUGUUAGAGGGGAGGGUAUAUUUUAAGUUCAUUUCCCAUUUAUUUAACAACUAUAAUUAGUGCCAGUUAAGUUUAAUUGGUUGGAAUUUUCAUCCUUUCUGAUAAAUAGUUUUAGAAGGCAAUUCAGACCUUUGCUACAGAUCAUAAUUUUAACUUCUGUUGAAUCUGUGAAAGUUAUUAAUUCUUCUAGUGCCCCCAGCAUGCACAGCACACAUGUUAUGGUUGCUGCAAAGGGCUUUAAGUCUCGCUGAACAAAAUCAGUAUAUAAAUGCUUCCCUGUCUGACUAUAGCUAGUCAUAUAUGUGUAGAUUUAAGCUGUGAUUUGGUUCCUUCAGAGUUGCCAGAUUAUCUGGCAAGGUUUGGGCCCUCCUUGACUUCUCCUCAACAUAUAUCUGGCCAAACAUUGGCCAGGUAUCUAUUGGAUAGGAUUGAAAAUCCUGCUUGGUGAGGACUGCAUGGGUUCAAAGAUGUGUUCCUUUUCCGACUGCCUGGAUUGGCCUCCAUUAUGGCCAAAUGAUCAGAUCAGCCUCAUAUGGCCCAGCAUGGUGGCUGUAUCCGGUGACUUUGAUUGUCGAUUGGAUCGACAGGUGUAUGGCCAUCGUAAAUGGUUCUACACUAAACGGUUAAGUUAUUAGCUCCUCGUUGAUUCAUUAAAUAAGUACUUCUUGAUACUUUGGCUGGGACACAAAAUUAUUUGGGGCAGGUCAACAGGAUCCCUUUAAAUUCAAUGAAAUAUCACUUAGCAAUAAACAGUAAUUAAAAAUGAAAUCUUGGUUUCCUCACUCAAUAUGGGUCUCAAACAAAAGAAGAAACCGCACAGUAGAAGGACACAAUAAUAAGCCGUGAUGAUGAAAUCUUACCCUUACAUUACACAUAUUUAUCUGGUGC